CCCGGAUGCAUUCGGAAUGAAUUUAAUGAGCAAUUGUGCGUAAUAAUAUCUUCGGGAUGUCAGCUAGGUCGACGGUGUCAAACCAGUGCAAAUAGAAAAGUCACUACUCUCGAGGUACAUAAAGUUUCUGGCGUGCUUCAUACGACAGAUUUUCAUGUCCUUGCCUGACACUCGUUUACAAAUCAAGUCUUUGCACCAGCGUAUUACCACCAGCGUAUAACAACGACAAACUAGUGCCUUGAUGAUAAAGUGAAGGAGUGGUUCACCGUUGCAUGUAAGGUGCCCUUUAUGUCGAUGUAUAACUGAUAAUCGAUCAUCAGCCCCAACAGUAGUUGUCUAGUCUCGAGGCCUAUUCCAGUUGUCGACGAGGAAAAACAUAAAGGAGAAGCAAAAGAAGGAAGAAGAGAAUGAGGAAAAGAAUGGCGGCUACGACAACCCUGGACGGGCCUUUCAUCUUUCGAAUCAAUGACAACGGCACCGGUCCUCAUUUACUUGUGCAGGUUUGCAUAGAAAGAGGUUGGCGAGAAUAUUCGGGCCAUAAUAGCCUUUUUAAAGAUUGUUGGAAUUUAUGGUGGAAGUCAGGUGGAUUAUCUCAAGCCCACUACAAAUCCUUACUUCCAUGGCAGUUUAUAAAUCGUAUACCAAAAGGAAAUUCUAUAUGCAGAAAAGAUAAUCUUGUAAGACAUUUGAAAUGCAUGAAGAAAGUUUAUGGUUAUAUUUAUAACUUUAGUCCAUUAGGGUAUAUUCUUCCGUCAGAAUAUACAAAAUUAGCAGCGGAUUGCAAUCGUUUAGAAAAGGAUGAGAAAAUAUGGAUCUGCAAACCUGUUGGCCAGAGCCAAGGAAAGGGAAUAUUUCUUUUUCGCAAAUUAAGCGACCUGAGAUAUGAUAACGUUACAGUCGUUCAACAGUACAUUGAAAAUCCUUUAUUAAUUGGCGGUUACAAAUUCGAUCUCAGACUGUAUGUGUGUGUACCAUCUUACCAACCACUAACGAUUUAUCUAUAUAAGCAUGGCAUAGUUCGUUUCGCAACGGAAAAAUUUUCUUUGGAAAGUAUCGAAGAUUCUUUUCGACAUUUAACAAACUUUUCCCUUAACAAAUUGGGCCCUGGUUACUACAAAAAAAAAGAAAGAGUAGGAGCUGGUUGCAAGUGGACCUUUCGACAAUUGAGAAGAUAUUUAGAACAAUCCGGUCAUUUGGAUUGGUUUUUAUGGCAGCAAAUAGCUUGUAUCGUCACUUUAACUAUUCUUAGUCAAGCAGCAAGAAUUCCAAAAUCAUCAAAUUGCUUUGAAUUUUUCGGUUUUGACAUAUUAAUUGAUGAUAAUUUAAAGCCAUGGUUAUUAGAAGUAAACGUUAGUCCAGCAUUAAAUAAUGACUGUGAAGUAGAUUCAGAAGUGAAAAAGCCUUUACUGCACGAUUUAUUUGAUUUGUUGGGUCUCCCAGUCUGCAAUACUGGACUAUCACUUUUUACUAUUUGGACUUCUAAACAUCUGGAAGAAGAUGUUGCAAAUAGAUUUUAUAGUAAAUCUUCAAAAAAAGGCUAUAAAUUUGGACGAGAACCCAUAAAAAUAAUGAAUUUUGGUUCGGAAACUAAAUCUAUGUUUCAGCAUCAAACGACAGAUAUAUAUAACGAAACAUCAGAAUUUAAUCCACUGUGCAUGGAAAAAAAUCUUCAGAAAAGGCUUAAAAACCAACAUAUUUUGUGUGCAACGCGAAAUAAUAGUCGAGAUUGGAGAAAACCAAUUAAAAAAGAAGGUGCCUGGAUUCGAAUAUAUCCAAUGUUACAAGAAACUUUAAAAUUCGUAGAGUUCGGAUCCGAAUUCGUUAAAGCUCCUAAAUAUGUUGAAAAAGAAAUUAAAAAUGAUGUCCUGUGUGUUCAAAAAUUUUUAAAAACUGCGAAAGAAGUUCAUCGAAAAUUUGGAAAACAAGGAGAUGAAAAAUGUAACAAGAUGUUACAAAGAACUAUUAAACUUGAAACAGAAAUUUGGCUCCCGAAUAAAUAA